GCUCGGCUUGUCCCUUGCCUGUCGCGCAUCACUCGCCAAUGCCAUCACCAAUAAACUUUUGGUUCGUCACUUCCCACUUUACCUAUCUCUCCCAACUCGGUAGGUGCGACGGAGUACAACCAUCGCACACACUUCCACCGUAACCCAACAUUAGCACCCGACGCGCCGCGAUUUUAAUACCAUCCGAUAUCUCGCCGCCCACACACGACCGACAGCAGACCCAUCAUUAAGCGCAUCCGUCGCGCAACACCACCACCACCACCACCACCACCACAACCACCGCCACCGGGUGAGACCUAGAACACAACCGCCACAAUGUCGAUGUCGGAAAAAGAGCGUAUAUCAGGCGAGCAAGAGCGUACAGACCCAGCCGCGCCGGUGCUGCCCAUCAUCAACCCAUUGACAGAGAAGCCCGAAUCGUCCAAGAAAGGCGCUGGCAUCCACCCAGCAGUCUACAUCGCCGCAUGGAUCGCCUGCUCCUCCGGCGUCAUCCUCUUCAACAAAUGGGUCCUCUCCACCGCCAAAUUCGACUACCCCAUCUUCCUCACCAGCUGGCACAUGCUCUUCGCCACCCUCAUGACCCAACUCAUGGCCCGCUCCACCACCCUCCUCGACUCCCGCAAGAAAGUGCCCAUGACGGGCCGCAUUUAUUUACGCACCAUCGUCCCCAUCGGCGUCAUGUUCUCGCUUAGCUUGAUCUGCGGGAAUCAAGCAUAUCUGUAUCUCAGCGUGAGUUUUAUACAGAUGCUCAAGGCCACCGUCCCCAUCGUCGUCCUCCUAACCUCCUGGACCCUCCACGUCUCCGAGCCCUCGCUCAAAACCCUCGGCAACGUCUCCCUCAUCGUCGUCGGCGUCAUCAUCGCCUCCAUCGGCGAGAUCAAAUUCGUCCUCGUCGGCUUCCUCUUCCAAUGCGGCGGCAUCAUCUUCGAAGCCAUCCGGCUCGUCAUGGUGCAACGCUUGCUCUCCGGCGCCGAGUUCAAGAUGGAUCCCCUCGUGUCGUUGUACUACUUCGCCCCCGCCUGUGCGCUGAUGAACGGCGUGACGGCGGUGAUUGUCGAGGUUCCGCGCAUGACGCUUGGGGAUGUGCAGCGACUGGGUUUCAUGACGCUCAUCGCCAACGCGAUGGUGGCGUUCCUCCUCAACGUCUCGGUCGUGCUACUCAUCGGCAAAACCUCCUCCCUAGUGAUGACCCUCUCCGGCGUGCUAAAAGACAUCCUCCUCGUCGUCGCCUCCAUGGCCAUCUUCCACGACCCCGUCACCCCCUUGCAAGCCUUCGGCUACUCCAUCGCCCUCGCGGGCCUAGUCUACUACAAACUCGGCGCGGAGAAGAUCAAAGAGUACCUCGCCCAGGGCCAGCGGGGGUGGGCGGACUAUGGAGCUCGACGGCCGGUGAGUAGACGGGUCGUUGUGAUGGGGCUCGCCGUGGUGGGGUUGGUGGUGUGCGUGGGCGGGGUGUUGGGGAGUGGGUUGGUGCCCGCGCAGUAUGAUCCUACCCCCUACGCGAAGGGGAGGUUGGAGGGGCUUUUGGGGAAGAGUGGGGCGGGGACGGGGACGUGAGCAAGAAGUGAGGUGGGUUGCGUCGCGUUGCGUUGCGUUUUGACGGACGGUAUGCGGUCAUGAGCUGCCAGCGUGAGCGGGGCGUCUGCUUCAUUUGGUUGCGGUGUGCAGAGUGGCUUUUGGGCCUGAGCAUGGCGUAUAUGGUGCGAGCAUGCGCCCGACAGCACUUUCACGCCCCACCACGGGUGUAGAGGCU